AUGACUGGAACGAUAAUUGAGAACUUAAGUGGUAGAAAACUCGCCAUCUUAGUGAGUUUCCUGUUAUUGUGUCAACUAACAUGUUUCCUUAUCGGCGGAUUGGUCGCACCCAUGCCUGCAAACGUUCAGAGCAUACUCGGCACAGUUUGUAAAGAUACAACUACAGUGAAAAAUGACACUACAAAAUGGUUUUAUAACCGUGGGAAGGGCUCGUGCAAAACUGUCAACCUUGGCGACACGCAUCAUGACUUGUCGGAAACCGAUAUAGUUUUCGCAUUUCAAAUGCCGGUUCCUAGAGAGAGCAAGACAUUGGACUAUUCGAGAUGGCAACAAAACUUAAUCGGAGUAUUGCAAAUGGAUAUUAAAUACCAUCCGCAGUUCGAAGUGCAACCGAGGAGUACAGUUACAAUUGACGCACGCCUAGCAUAUAGAAAUAAAGGCGACCCCGAGGACGAUUGGAAGUUAUAUACACAAUCUAUCGAAAAACGCCAUUUAGACUGUGAAAUUGAUAUUAAAAGUGAGGAAUAUCUAUAUAACUGUUCAGCUGUACCAUUAUUUGAGCUUGGUUCUUUGUUUCACGAUUUCUAUGUUCUUAAUGUGAGAUUACCUGUAGAUACACCUACUAUGAAUUCUCACAUUGGCCAUAUACAAGAUAUGUGGUUAUUUGUAAUUAAUCAGAAUGGAGGAUUUACAAAAGUUUGGCUGUCGUUGAAAACAGUAUUUUUCCCAUGCAUUAUUGCUAUAUUGAUUUGGUUUUGGAGGCGAAUUCACAUUCUUUCUCGAAAGCCUGUAUUGUUGGAGAAAAUGCUUUUAUGUCUAGGCAUAGCUCUUUGCUUUCUAAACAUGCCCAUUGAAUACUUAACGCUACAAUUUGACUUGCCAUUUAUGUUAUUAUUAGGUGAUAUCCGUCAGGGUGUGUUUUAUGCUACACUCUUUUCAUUUUGGUUAGUUUUUGCUGGAGAACAUAUGUUGAUACAAGAUGCCUCCACCCAGAGUUCUCUAAAACAGUACUGGAAGCAUUUAAGUGCUGUUGCCAUAGGUUGCAUUUCACUUUUCAUAUUUGAUAUGUGUGAAAGAGGCAUACAGCUUCGGAACCCAUUCUACUCUAUCUGGGUGACUGAUAUUGGCACUAAUUUGGCUCUAACAUUUAUUAUUCUGGCUGGAAUCUCGACUGGAGUUUAUUUCCUAUUCUUGUGUUACAUGAUAUGGCAAGUUUUCAUGAAUAUCUCAUAUAAGAGACAGUCACUACCAGCUAUGUGUUCAGUGAGACGUUUACACUAUGAAGGAAUUAUCUACAGGUUCAAAUUUCUUAUGCUGGCUACACUACUAUGUGCUGCACUGACAGUAAUAGGUUUCAUACUAGGACAGGUUGCAGAGGGCCAGUGGAAGUGGGAUGAUAAUAUUGAAUUAGAGUAUACCUCUGCAUUUUUUACUGGUGUUUAUGGAAUGUGGAAUAUCUAUAUUUUUGCUUUGUUGGUGCUAUAUGCACCAAGUCAUAAGCGUUGGCCGGCUGUGGAAAAUACUUCGGACACCCAGAAUUUAAGCGAGGAAAUAGAAUUCAGCCCUUCGCCUAGUGAGAGAGCGAGUAGUGAGAUAUCAUCCCUCACAUCAUUCAUUAGGAAGGCUACUAUUGAUUAA